CUUCCCUGGCGCACUUUAUACAAGGUUUAUGUCAUUCUUUGGGAACCUACCAAGUCGGCAGGGGUGUUUUCUUGUAGGCAAAGGCAUCGACGCAACGUUUGAACCGUGGCUGAAGAUUUAAUAUAUUGUUAUAUAGAGAGAGUUAUGUAAAGAAAAUCCAGGCUUUAUACUGAAGUAAACAUGAGACUGGCCAUGUUCUUCUGCUUAUCUGGAGCCCUGUUUUGCAUCCCUCACAUCCAGGCUGAGUUCUACACGUCCAUCGGUCAGAUGACAGAGCUGAUAUUUACAGAAAGGGAGCUGGUUCACUCUCUGAAGGAGUAUAUAUGCUCUGCGGAGUCAAAACUUGCAUUUAUUAAAAGUUGGGCAGAUAAGCUGGAUGUUUUGACUCAAGUGUCCACAGCGGACCCAGAGGGCUACUUGGCACACCCCGUCAAUGCCUACAAACUGAUGAAGAGGCUUAAUUCCGAGUGGCCACAGCUGGAGACCUUGGUGCAGCAGGACCUGUCCAGCGGCUUCAUCGCCAACAUCUCACUGCGUCGUCAGUUCUUCCCUGAUGACGAGGAUGAGAGGGGCGCGGCCAGAGCACUGUUUCGUCUUCAGGACACGUACAGACUCGACUCGGAGCUUUUGUCGAGCGGCCAGCUUCCAGGUGUGCAGUACAGCAGCCACCUCUCAGCGGAUGACUGCUACUCCUUGGGAAAGACGGCCUACGAGGAAGAAGAUCAUUACCAUUCCGUACUGUGGAUGCAGGAAGCACUGCGACGGCUGCACACAGGCGAGGAGGCCUUCGUCUCCCAGGCUGAAGUUCUGGACUAUCUCAGCUAUUCCGUCUACCAGAUGGGAGACGUUCAUCGGACUCGUGAGCUGACAAGACGCCUGAUUUCAGCUGAUCCCACCCAUGAAAGGGCGAGAGGAAACCUACAGCACUUAGAGCUGAUUCUGUCCAAUGAGGCGACCCAGAGCAGUACCAUGGCAACAGCAGCAAAGCCCAUAACACUGGAAACCUAUCAGCGUCCCCCCAGUCAUCUGUCUGACAGGGAGAUGUAUGAGGCCCUUUGCAGGGGAGAGGGGGCCACAAUGACUCCACAAAGGCGCAGUAAGCUCUUCUGCCGCUACCAGGACCGGGGCAGGAACCCACGGCUGCUCGUGGCCCCUAUGAAGGAGGAGGAUGAGUGGGAUAGCCCACACAUUGUGCGCUACCAUGAUGCCCUGUCACAGGCUGAGAUCGAGAGGAUCAAAGAUCUCGCCAAGCCCAAGCUCGCAAGGGCUACGAUACGCGACCCAGUGUCAGGCGUUCUAACAGUGGCCAAUUACAGAGUGUCUAAAAGCGCCUGGCUAGAACACAAGGUGGACCCUGUUAUUGCCCGCGUCACUCGGAGGAUAGCUGACGUAACGGGGCUCUCGUUGGAGACUGCUGAGUCGCUGCAGGUUGCAAACUACGGAAUAGGAGGCCAAUAUGAGCCACAUUACGAUUUCUCGAGGCGUCCGUUUGACAGCGACCUCAAGAUUGAAGGAAAUAGGCUUGCGACGUACCUGAAUUAUCUGAGCGACGUGGAGGCUGGAGGUGCUACGGUCUUCACAGACAUCGGCGUGGCAUUGAGGCCUAGACAGGGUACUGCUGUGUUCUGGCACAACCUCCAUAGGAGUGGAAGGGGAGACUUAAGGACGAGACAUGCUGCCUGUCCGGUGCUGCUAGGCAACAAAUGGGUAGCCAAUAUGUGGAUCCAUGAGCGAGGCCAAGAGUUUCGAAGGCAGUGCGGACUGACGGAGGGGGACUGACCUGGAUCGCUGCUCUCAUCCCCCUAAUGUUCCCAGCCAGUGAUUACUGCUGCUUGUCCUUAUGUGGUUCUCAUUCUGCACUUGGGCUACAGAGUAGCUGGAAUUUAAUGCAGACGUGGAAGCCAACAUUUCUCUAAUUACUCAGUUUUAAUGUUAGAUUGCUUGUUUUUAGUUUCUGCAAACCAAACAUUUUUUAAUUUAACAUUUUACUUUCUUUUAAAUUCCAUUAUAUAAUUUAAAUAUACAGGUAGUAAACAAUUAUACUGUGUAUCACCUGACAAGCUCCUGAAAUAGCAAUGUUUUUAGCCUGUAUCUCUCUUGGGAAAGUUGGCAAAGUAGCAGUUAUCAACAAAUGUGACUCUUGAAAAGAAUAAAAUGUUUUUGAAAACAUG